CUGUGCUCAUCGCUCCUUCGCCUGCACCGUGGACAUUUCGAUACAGGCGGAUGAACGGACCGGGGGUGUUUAACGGUGUCUGCUCUACAGCUGGAGGAUUUAUGGAUUAUUAUUCAUGUUUGAAUAACCUGUAACUCAUUGUUGCCAGCGAGUACGGAGUCAACACACCGAGUCAUGGCCCCGUUUUCAAGACGGGUCCCCGAGCUUCACUGAGGGAUGUGCCGGUAGCGAGGCAGCAUAUAGGGGACAGUGUCACCGAAGCCUGAGCUGCUGCUGUUCGGACACAUUUUUACUGAGUUUGGUGGAGUUUAUAAACUCAGUGUUAUUCUUUGCCUGUCUGUUUGGAAUAUGUUGCAACUGAAGUAUAUUUGGUUGCCUUGAAAACUGAUGGAAAACAGUGAUUGUCAGAGGCUCUGUAUAACAUACCUGCUCAGUGGGAAAUCGUUUGGACUUGUACUUUAGCUCUUGAAUAGUUCAGCCAUCCUGUUCACGUGCUGUUCCCAUUAUUUUGUCCAGCAGCUGCAGUUCCGCUGCUGACUGUCUGUACUCAGUGUGAGUAUCAGUGUGGGUUAUUCACAGUGCUGCUAUGCAGACUGACUGGAGCCAUGCUCAUACAGCCCCACUGUAACCCUGAUUCUGAGGCACAGGCCUGGAUUGCUUACACAGAAAAAAACUUAACAGUUGAGGAAAAGUGAGUCUCAAUCCAGUGGGACAACUUGUGCAGAAGAGCAGAUGUUACACAGCUUUGUGUAUUCAUGUGGAUUAUUCAUGAUGCUGCUAUGCAGACAGAGUGGAGCCUUAGGAAACCUGUUGGUAAUGUUAAAGUAAUACUCGACUCUGCCACCUCUCUCAUUGCAGUUGAACAGCUAAUGUUACACUGUAUAGUGUAAUGCUUUCAGUAAUUCCUACAACAGGUGAACUUUCACAAAGAUGACACACACUCUUAUAUGGUGAGUACAAAUUUUGGAAUUGAAAGAUUUAGUUUGACUGAAGUUGAUACAAGUAGUUCAGUUUCACUUCCAUUUUGCAGCCAAGAGGAGAUUAGUGGUUGAAGUUAAUUUCAGUUUAGCUGGUUAGUUACAGUAAUUGUUGAACAAUGAAGAAUCCACAUCAGCUGAGUAAUACAUGGAAGCGAUCCCCUAACAAAGAUCCAGCACUGAUGUCUAUGUCUUGCACGAACAAGAAGUUCAAGAGGAAGUCUAGGGAGCCUAAAAGACUUUUCAGCGGCCCUGAGCCUGAGAGGAGGAAAACCUACCAAGGGGACACGUCGGAUGAGGACUUAGUAGAUGACACCCAAACGGAGGCAUGUAAUGUCGGCACGUUGGCUCCAUUGCAGAGACAGCUGAUGAUGUCUCAGGAGGCAACAGCUAGCACUACAGAAAUUCUGUCAGGACUUCCAGGGGGCAACAUGGCUCCAGCUCAGAGUGGUGCUAUAGACAUGAGAAUUGGUAUUAGCAUGCCAGACAUCACCUCUAAACUGUCCCAGUUACCUUCCCCUCCAUUCUCUAACCCAGAGAUCUCCCACUGGCCCACAGUCAUCUCACAGCCUCUGUCCAACAGACUUAAACUGGGCCUUUGCUCUACUUUCCCUCUGUCAAUGUCAACCAGCUGCAGCCACAGCCAUUCACCUAGUCACCAGGCCUCCCCCCCGGAGCCCUCUCUGUCAGGCCAUGCUUCAGCUCUGCCUGGCCCCAGGAUCUUCCAGACCUCAUUGUGUCAAGAACAUGUGGAGCUCCAGGUGGAGUCACCUAAGGAGUCUCCCAGGAACAGGGCUGAAAUGAGUUCUGAUGGACCUCGGUGUCUUCCAGAGGUUAAAGCCAUCCAGCAGACCAGGAGGCUUCUAGCGAACGCCAGGGAGCGGACCCGUGUCCAUACCAUCAGCGCUGCUUUCGAAGCCUUGAGGAAGCAGGUGCCAUGUUACUCCUAUGGGCAGAAGCUAUCCAAGCUGGCUAUAUUACGUAUCGCCUGCAACUACAUCCUGUCUCUGGCUCAGUUGGCUGAACUGGACUACAGUUCAGACCACAGCAGUCUGAGCUUCUCUCAGUGUGUCGAGCAGUGUACCAGGACCCUGCAAGCCGAGGGAAGGAGCAAGAAGAGGAAAGUUGGCAGGAUGCCAGAGGAUUUGUGAUGUAUUGAGAUUCCCAUUACCAGAAUCUUCUCACCGAUGAGGGCUGUGUCACUACAUCACACAACCAGCCUCAGGCUCAACUGAUCUGUUGUACUAGACUUAACAUAUUAGUAUGCAAGAGUAAAAAGGCCUUUUCCAUGGUGAACAACAAUAUCAUUCACUACAGUGAUGUAGAAAAGGAACCACAAGUAUAUUAACUGCCAAAUGCGAUACAAUUUCUUGCCUUUAUUAUAAUAUAUAGGUGUACGCAUUGUAAAUUGAAAAAUACAGUUCAUUAUGACUUAUCUAACACAAUAUAUAACUUGAUUAUUAUUUCCCAAUAAAUAAGUUAAAGUUGACUGUUUACAUAAAGCUACAAUUUGUACACUGAAUGUUUUGAUGUGUAUCAAAUUUUUUCGUUGCUGUAUUGUAUAUUACUUUAAGAAAUAUUAGUUAGUGUCUUGGUUCCUGAUUUUUGACAUAUGUCUUUAUUUGUGUUGUCAUAUAGAUUUAAUUCAGGAGUAUUACAGUUGUCAUAUGGUAAAUACAAACAGCCAAUUAUGUACAUGUGUAUGUGAAAUGAGCAUGCAUAUAAAAAAAUAAAGUUCCUCCAUAGAAGAAUUGAGUUCCAGA